GAGUUGAGCAGUGAGGAGCUUUCUCCUUGACCAGAAGGAUUUCACACAUCUACGGCCUAUACAACGCAGUAUGAAAACCUUGUGCCGAUGGCUUAAUCCUCGAUUUAAUACUUCAACCGGAAAAACUGUCUAAACCCGAAAAUAUGUCCAUAUGGAAUAAACACAGCAUACACUUGCUUUUCCGCGGCGCCUAUGCAAAGUCUAUAUGGGCAUAUUGAUGGUGCGUGAAAACCAAGAGGAGUGGCCAUGAGCUCACCGAGUCCAUUAUCUGUCGGCACACGAGCGCGCCUCUCCCAAAUUCAACUGUCACCCAAAGUUCCGCAGCAGAGGUUGGCUUUAAGACGCAGGAAAUAUAUAUUCCACGGAAACAACAACAAUGCGUUACACCUAUAAGAAGUGUCUUGGACGGUUUUUCGUCAUUGUUGGAGUUGGAGCAGUGUCGCUAGCCUUGUUUCAUGCUUGCAGCCCUGGGUCCAGCUCAGGAGUUGACAUACGGCCAAGACAGGGGAGUCCAAUAACAGCACUCCUCAAGGGGAAAAUUCAAGGCAUCAUUAGUGGCGAUGAAGAUAUUGCUUACCAUAUAAAAGAGGAAGUGGCAUGUAAUUUGCCACAGAAUACCUGUGUGUGCCUGGCUGAUAAGGAGACUUUUCAAAUGCCGUUCUCCAAUCUACUCUUCCCACAUGUGUGGGCCCACAAAAUCGAUCAUGCGUUUUUAGAGUCCCAUCCUGACCCUGAGGGUGUAAAGCGUCACAGAGCUCAGGAGUACAGCAGCUUCCAGAGAAGGUCCUACAGUCCUGCAGAUGAGCUCAUUGUAGCUCAGGCCAACAAUCCUCUUCAGUAUCCUACCCAGGGGGUGGAGGUGCGACCCCUCAAAACAAUCAUCAUUCCAGGUUUGGGACUCGAGGAAGAAAAAAGACCAAAACAUACAGUGUAUUUGACAGCAACACUUGGGACUUUUGAUGUUGCUGCUACGGUGGACAAUGUCUCUGUCAGUGGAGAGGGAGAAAAGCACAUGAUACUGUUGAGUCCUUAUCUCUCCGCUCUGAACAGGCAGCUGCAGUUUGUCACCUAUACAAACACAGUUUUCCAUCCAAAAACAGCAGAUACAGUUAAGUUUGCAACUAAGGAUCACCAGUCAUUUUUUACCAUCAAAGUUGGACAUGGAACCAUCCCCAGACUUUAUAACACUGGGUACCAAAGAGAGUACAAUAUUAGUGCUCUCGUUACCAUCGCCACAAAGACCUUUCUACGCUAUGACAAACUCAAAGAUCUCAUUGACAGCAUACGACAGUAUUAUCCCACCAUCACCAUAGUGAUAGCAGAUGAUAAUGAACACCCUCUGCCAGUCACUGGGCCUCACAUCGAACAUUACAUCAUGCCAUUUGGAAAGGGUUGGUUUGCAGGAAGAAACCUGGCAGUAUCUCAGGUGACCACCAAGUAUGUGCUCUGGGUGGAUGACGACUUCAUCUUCACUGCAAACACCAAGUUGGAGAAGAUGGUGGACAUCCUAGAGAAGACCACUCUGGAUCUGGUUGGUGGUGCAGUGAGAGAGGUGACAGGUUACACUGCAACUUUCCGUCAUAUUAUAUCAGUGGAAGAAGGGGGAGAGGAGGGUGACUGUUUACAUAUCAGACAUGGCUACCACCAUGUCAUCGAGGGAUUCCCAGACUGCGUAGUAGUCGAUGCCGUCAUCAACUUCUUCAUGGGGCGGACAGACAAGGUGCAGCAGGUGGGCUUUAACCCCCGCCUGGCAAGGCAGGCUCAUCUGGAGUUCUUCAUCGACGCUCUGGGUUCCCUCCACAUUGGCUCCUGUAGUGACGUCAUUAUAAGCCACGCAUCAAAGAUCAAACUGCCCUGGAGUAAAACUGACGCUCAAAAGGCCUACGACAAAUUCCGUUACUCGCCCUCCAGUGCUGAUAAUAACAUUCACAAUGAAGUCUUCUACUUCAAGAACAGGUUCAAGUGCAUGACCAGUCACUGAAACCUGGGAUCCUACUAGUCUUUUUACUGCCUUAACCCACUUGCUGUUAAACAGAUUGUGUGGAUAGAUUUUGUUCUGUGAACAGAUCACGAAUCUUUGUUAUAGACUGAAAAAUUAAAUAUGUACAUAUGAAUUCAUAACAAGACAUAACUAGUGAUCCAUUAAUUGCUUGUUUUAAGAUAUUGCAAAUGACUCAAGUUGGUGUGACAGGUGUGAUUGUCACCACAAUUUCUGAAUUUAUCAUGGCUCAUCACUCAUAGAACAUUUAUGUUUAGAAGAUGUUUUUGAAUGCAUUGAUGUACUGUAUUUGUUAAAAAAAAAAAAAAAAGAUACAAGACACACCUCUAGCAAAACAGUUUUUUUCAUUUCUUCAGAUGGCUAUUUCAUAGUGAAAUUGUUAAAAACAAAUGUGUUCAAAAUUAGCUGGUGCAGUCCUCAACCCAUAAUUUCCUCUUUAAUUGCAAACACCUGAGCAGAGAACAAAUGAACUGACAGGUGACAAAUACAAAGUAUAACCACUAGAAUACUAUGCAACAUGUAUAGAGAAAAUUAGAUAUACAAACAAUAUGACAGAAAACAACAACAAUACAUACCCAUCUGCAUCAACAGAGGCUUCAGACCUCGUACAUUAGAAUAAUUACCAAAAAAGGAAGUCAGUUUCUUCAUUUAGCCCUGGGUAUACUGUGGCCUGCUAUGAUAUAGAUGAAAAGUUUCUCUUUGUAUUAAUAACUUAAGUCAAGCACUGCCCCAUAUGCUCUUUUUGUUUCUGGGCCUUCAACUAUAAGGCUAUCUGGAUUAACUUUAUGUACACUAUGAAUGCGUUUAGCCACGGGGAUCCAAAGUAGCUUUUCUAAUGGCCUACUGAUUCUCAGAGACUCUGUCUUUUAGUUGUCGCUUAGUUUGGCCCAUAUAAAAGCAACCAUGUUGAGGAUAAUUGGUACAUUAUAGAUGUAUUAUUGAAUUAAUAAAUGUUUUAAUGUCAUGCACCUUAUUAGUCUUUGCACAGUGGUUGCAGAAGCCACAUUUGUAAAGGUCAAUGGAGCCUUUUUUUUUUAAUUAUUAUUUCAAAUAAUCUAAUUGACAGGGAGAUAGCUUAGUAUUAAGAUAUCCCAUAAUGUGGAGAGCGUGGAGGUGCUGUAAAGCUUUCAACCUGUCAUCACAGUCAGUAUUAGUCAGGACUCCACAUCCUGACUGAAAAACAGUCAGUAAGAAUUUCAUUUCAGGUGCCAGUUUCAGAGCAUACAUAGUCCUGGAUGGAUGAAGGCAGUUGUUGGGGGAAGCUUAAUACAAAAGUCUAUAAACUGGGAGGCAGGCUCAGUAAGGGAUCCAUUAGAUGAUAUAAUAAGCCUCCCUGGAGGAGAUUCAAGACUCUUAUGGACUUUGGAGAGCAUGUAAAAGGAUGGCUAUCCUAGAAUGUACCCACUACAUUGUCUCGUAUUUACUAAAAUGGAAAACACAUGCUGACGGCCACGCCCUGAUGAAGGCUGUUUGUGCCAGUACGUGUGGGUUGUUACUCACUCAUUUUUACUUGAACUAGCUAUGAAUAAAGACUGUUUGCCAAAAGA